AAAUCGCUUUAGUUGCAACAGGUACGUUAGUGACGUCACUGCGUACCAGACUCGGGUCGCACCGUCUGUAGCUUACGUUACCGCCGCUGCUCCGGCGUUUGCGUGGCUUGACAACAGCAGAACCGGCGUGUUAUGUUGUGAAGUAUCUUUCAGGAACGUUUUUCUGAGGCUCGUGUUUGAGCCGCAGCUGAAGGAACAAACCGGCCGAGUUAUUUUAGCUGUCAUCCAGCUGCAGGUGUGAUCCUGCAGAUGUUCGCUGUCCGCCCGCGGCGGGAGAAUCAAGCAGCAGCUGUUUUCUCCAACAACUUGUUACACGUUUCCAGGUUCGAGGACGUACAGCUUUUCUCACUGGUACAGACAGUGUCUGCUGUAUAGAACUUCUAAACCUAACCACGAUGUGAAGAGCCAACAACUUGUGCACAGUGCUGCGUCUGUCACAAACAGCUGCACGUGCACUGUGCUGCCUCACAGGGUGCACAUUUGUUUUUUUUUUACUGAGAAUGUUUGUCAGCUGCAGCCUCAGUGUUGCACCAGGCCCGGUGUUGCCCCCGACAGCACACAUCUCCAUGUGACUGAACUGCAGCUUACGUGCAACUCCACGACACUUCGCCAUGUGGACUGGGGAACACGGGGAUCAAACCACUGACCCUCUGUUCCUGCGGCUCACCAAGCACUACCUCCCCCACGUGGCCCGGCUCUGUCUGGUUAGCACCUUCCUGGAGGAUGGGGUCCGGAUGUGGUUCCAGUGGGGGGAGCAGAGCGAGUACAUCGACUCCACGUGGAGCUGCGGACACUUCCUGGCCAACGCCUUCGUCUUGCUCAACCUGCUGGGGCAGCUGGACGGUGGCCUACAGCAUCCUGUGGGACCUCAAGUUCCUAAUGAGGAACCUGGCGCUGGGUGGAGGCCUGCUCCUCCUACUGGCUGAGUGCAGGGAGGAGGCUCGCAGCAUGUUUGCAGGAGUCCCUUCUCUCGGUCACCACAGUUCUCCGAAGCACCUCCUGCAGCUGGGAGGAAGAGUCCUCCUCGUCCUCAUGUUCAUGACGCUGCUGCACUUCGACCUCAGCCUGUUCACUUUCCUGCAGAACCUGGUGGGCACGGCACUGAUUGUCCUGGUGGCGGUGGGCUUCAAGACGAAGCUGGCGGCUCUGACUCUGGUGGCCUGGCUGCUCUGCAUUAACUUCACCUUCAACGCCUUCUGGACCAUCCCCUCCUACAAGCCCAUGCACGACUUCCUCAAGUAUGACUUCUUCCAGACCACGUCGGUGAUCGGAGGCCUGCUGCUGGUGGUGGCUCUGGGUCCUGGGGGGGUCUCUAUGGAUGAGAAGAAGAAGGAGUGGUGAGGGGGGUGAGCAAAGACUGAGGAAAGAUGGGCCAGUGUAUCAUCAUUUAUUCUGUUACUCCUUUCAUCCUGGAAAAUAAAAGUGUCAAGGUUUCAUUUUUAGGGGCAUCCUAGAUGGGGCAUGGUUUGUUUCAAUCCCACCUUAUCCCAGUGCUCCCAGACAAAUGGGGGGUGGGGGGGCCAGCAGACGGCAGGCUGCUCCUUCAUUUCUCCUCAUUAUGGUUAAUAACGUGUUGCUCCGAUUCCUGUCUUCUCACAUUUUUACCUCACAUCUUACGUGGGCUGGACUGAGAUGCUAUGUAAAAAGCGUAAGUGAAGGAAACAUGAAUGCAGCUGAGGGAAUCGGGAUUUGCCCGGUGUCUGAGGCAUCACACAUCGAACUUGUCAGUGUUUCUGUUGCUGCCGACUGUAGAGUCUAAGAGCAAACACUGAACAGAAUGUGAAUUACAGAGCUGAUAAGUGCUUUGGCAGCAGAGCCUCAUGAGGCAAAUGUUUUUUACCACUGUGCAAAGUGACAAUUAGAACUGAGCUCGUUCUCUUAUACAGGGCGCUGUCGAGAGGACUUGAGCAAACGUGUUUAAGAGACACGAGACGUCCUUUCCUCCGCCACUGCAUCUGAAGCAUCUGGUGACCAUGUGGUUUCUGAUAAAGGGGCGUGUCUGACCAUAAAAUCCUCCAGCAGCCUCCUCACAUGUUGGAGCUGAAACAAGACCAAAACAGCUUCUGGACUGAGCGAGGCCCAGUCUCAUGUCUACAAGGAGUUGUGGUCGAAACCUUCCCCUAUGAAACAGGUUGACCCUUGACCUCUGCGUCAUCAGUGGUUAAUGACGAUGGUUAAGAAAAGAGACGUGACGAGUGUCAGAAGUGUUGAAUGAUGUGAUGGUGUCUUCAGCUCUGGUGGUUUCUCUUAUGUGGCCUCUGAGCAUCGGUUUGAUUUUCAGCAGCAAAUAAAAAUGGAGGGAUGUGUCUGGUGUGUAGCAUCAACCGCAGAUAAGGGGCCAUGUCGGGUGGAGUUGCAUUCAGUGAGGUAACUGUUCUAGGGUGAAGUGUCAGUAUGAGCAUGUUGCUGAUUUGUUUGGCAUCUAAACUAAAAACUUCUGGUUAUUUUAUCCAGAAGGCCUCUCCCAAUAGGGUUUCCUCAAACUUGGCUGAUUGGUGUCAAGUCCAGGUGGCUUCACACCAGCUCAUGCACAAACCCCACAGAUCUGAGUUAUUUUCUGGGUUUGUUGUUUGUUCGUGUCCACGUGUAAACAGGAAACACCUCUUUGUGUUGACCUUAGAUCAACCAGUCUCAAACGACUUGUCUUCCAGAAUGAAAGGAGUGAUUGAUGACACACACACUUUCUAUUUAUUUUUUUCACCUUUUCUAACCCCCCACCCCCCCCCAACCA